AUGUUUCUAUACGAUCUACCGCUUGAUAUCCUGAUGCUCAUAGUGAGCAACCUGAGUCCGCCAGAGAUAAGCCGCUUGUCACGCACAUCGUCGGUCUUUCGCAUGGUGCUUGGGAAUGAGCUGUACCGCCAAGCUCUACUGGCCGACCAGCACUGUGACCGGUGGCCACGCUCAUUAGUGUCUGCUGCCAUCUGCGGAAAUCUACGCGCCUUCAAAGCACUGAUUGAGAAAACAAAUGGCCGCUUGCUUAAUAAGCUGUUCUCUCCAAGGCUUGUCCAGCUGUUUCGCCGACCUGAGGAUCAAAAGAAGUUUAAGUGCUACUCGCGUGGAUACACCAAUCUGCUGAGGAUUCUGUGUAUUCUAUAUCGCGAGAACCACCCCAAUAGGGAAGAAUACACCGCGAAUGAGAUGCUCAGGAUUGCGCUCGAGCGUGGGGUGACGGAAGAACUCUACUUCGUUCCCAGGCCAUGGCUGGCGGCCUGGGCAAUUUUGGCUCGGGAGGGGAAACUCGGGGCUAUGCAGCUGAUGUGGAAUCUUGACGACACCAUUAAUAACGACCGAUUUGAUGAAGUGACCAACUGGAGAUUGCCAGAAGCCAUGAAGCAUGCGCUCGCACAUGCGGUUGACGCACAGGAGAUGCAUGUUGUUCAAUACUGUGUCGAGCAGGGCGCGCUAGACGAUUGUCACAAAGAGGAAGAAGAGGGCAUAUAUGGCCUUGCGGGAUUGCGGAUGGGCUAUUUCUCUACGCAUCUUGCCUUGGCAGCUCACAGUGCGGACCUGGAAAUCUUUCUAUUUGUUCUGAAGUCAUUUUAUUCAUCUGGCUCCUAUUCUCCGGGCCAGCAGAUGCUAGCGGAGGCGCUACACCAUGCCGUUCGAGCCCGCAGUGUACCGAUUGUGGAAACCUUGCUCCAGCUGGGAGCAGAACCACUCUCAGGGACACUCCAGCUUGCUUUAUCCUCCGACAACCUACAACUUAUUCGUAUGGUCGUUGACGGAUGCAGUGACAGCAUCCUUCUUGACACUGACAGGGCUUCUUGGGUCACACACGUACGUACCUGUUCAGCGCUAGAGAUUCUCCUGGGAAGGUGUCCUCGGAUUGCUACGUUUAAUGCACCUGCAGAAGUGAACCACUGGGUUGUAGGAGAACUUUAUCUGGGCUCUUGUGCCCUCAAGAGUGAAAAGCAGUCCAUGGCAAUGACACUUCUGCGAUAUGGCUCUGCCGACAAGCCUUUGGAUGUUGAUAAUCCUGAUCCCAUUCCUCUGGAAGGCACACAACGUGUACUACGUCAAAUUCUCUAUGAAAACCAUACACAGGUUCUGGAUGCUAUCUUUUCCAAGCAUCCAUACCUCAUUGGGACUCGUACGGUCGUACUCCGGUCGGGUGAACAAUUCGGUGCCCAUCUGGUAGUAGCGGCUCUCAAGGAACAUACAGACCUCAAAUUAGAUCUGCUACAGGCCCUUAGAUGCUUGAUUAGACAUGGUGCUGACGUUUCUCUUGAGAAUGUGUUGAUCGACGUCUGCCGUAGACGGGACAUCCGCGCUGCAGAAGAAGCUACUCCCGUUGUCCGCUAUCUGCUUGACCGCGGCAUUGACCUCUCGCAAAGGGAUCAAAGGGGCAUCACACUUUGGGGACGGCUACUUCUCUGGGCGCCGCGAGACGUGUUGUCUGCAAUUCCACUGCCCGACCGCAGGAUCUUCAACUUUAACGAAUCGGCUGGGUUACUGGGUUACGUUGCUCGCAAGGGCUAUUACAAGGCUGCCCGAUUUCUUAUCGAAGGCGAUCCCAGUCUUAUCCACACCCGCCUAGAACCAUUUGGUCGGACAUUGCUUCAGAGCGCUGUUUCAUGGGCGGGGAAAAACUGCGGGAAUGUCCCCAACUUCAUCCAACUUCUGCGCGGCGUGCUGCUCUUGCCUUCUGGCGACGUGACCCUGCAAGAUGGACGGCUGAUGCUCGACCUCGACGACCAGUGCGCGAAGGAUUAUCUGGAUCUGGUCCGUUACCUGCGUUGCAAACAAGCCGAGGCUGGCAUGGAUGAUGGCAAGUCUGCGCUCGCCAUGGUUUUCCCCGGAGAGGAAAGCCUGGCACAUGCAUACGGGCUCUUUGAUACCUUCAACACAGACACGCGACGUGACUGGAAAUCAGUAUGGGCGGAGGCAGUCUGUGAUGAAGAUCCCCUGUUCCAUGUUCGGUGUCUGUAUGUUGGGGAAGGUUGUCCGUGAACUUGUUGGGAAUCAUAAUAAUACUAAUGCUGUAGAGAGGUACGAGCAGAGCUUCAUCGUGGCCGGCAGAGAAGUCCUGAAGCCCUGAAGCCCUGAAGCCCUGGUUCAUGCUCUGGUCUUCCUGGCGGCUAAGACAUACUCCGGCCCCCGCGGGGUUUCGGCUCUCGCAGAAAGUGAGUAAUCUUAGUAAGCAGAAAUUGUGCAGUCCCUAUUAGUUGUGGGCAUUGGGAAGUGUCGAAUUACC